CAACUGCGAGUCAAAAAAUUUCUAAGACCUUGUCUGUAUCAACGGUACCUCUACUCAAGAUUACAUACGAAAUCGAUAAUCGGCCAUCCAACAUGGGGAGUGAAAAGCGCAAGAGAAGCGGAGAUUCUACGAAGCCAAAGAAGAAGGUUGUUAUUGAUGCGCCUCCUUCAUCAGCGACCGUCUCUUCCGUCCUCAGACCCAAGUUCUGCCCUCCCGUGAUAGCAACGGCUGUUGGGUUCCAAGUACCAAAGAACAUUCCCUUUCACUCAUAUGCGCCCAAGAAUGGAGCCAAGUCAAAAGGCAAGCAGCCUGAAUCGGCUGCCGAAAAAGAUUUCCUGCUGCACUCGAAUGCGCAUCGAUCUAUGGACUACACGGUCAAAUCGGACGAGCCAAGAGGGAAAAAGCCAGCUUUAAAUCACUUCCUCGGAAUCUACGACCCCAAGACAGGAAAACUUGAGGUGGUCGAGGCAAAGAAGAUGACAAUGCGGGCUUCAGUACGAGCAAGGCAGGGCGCCGCUGCUACUUCUGGUCAGCGCGAUAAUAGCCAGACAAUGCUACAGCUCAAGACCGACCUCGGCCAGACAUUUGGUACCAAGAAGGCCAAGAAGGCCAUCCAAGAGAACGUCUUGAACGCUAUCGCACCGCAAAAGAAGGCUGGGGAAGAGCCUGCCAAGAUUGAUGCAGCAGCACGUGCUAUGCUCAACUCUGUCGGAGAAGUCACAUCGACCAUGUCAUCGAGAGAGGAGUUGCAAGCGGUUGUGGAUGCCGCCAAGCCUGUGCCCAUUGCCAACAUGGAAGCGACCGAGAUCCAAGACGUUUACGAUCCUAAGAAGAUCAUUGGAGCCGACAUCCUCAAGCUGGUCCCCGUUCGAGAAUGGCAAGAGAAGGUACAACAUAAGGAGAGCAUUCAGGUGCCGUCACGCUUUGUUGCCGCUCGGGUGAACCGCGUGGCAGGCAACGAGGAGGCGGUGGAUCGACUGCGUGUACUACGUUACUUCUUCUUCGUGCUGCUUUUCUACCUCCACAGCAAGCCUGGCAAGGCCCGUGGCACCCGAACUAUCGCACCUCGAGAGAAACUCAGGGAGUUCCUUGCUCCUGCACCCGAGGCUGUGAUUGAGAGCAUUCGCCGCAAGUUCUCUGACCGUGGCGAGAUGCGCAAGUUCCACGUUGAUCUGCUGAUAACACAUUGCUGUGUUUUCGCAAGCAUCAUCGACAACUUCGAGGUUGACACACAGAACCUACGUGACGAUCUAAAGAUCGACCAGAAGACCAUGAAUGCCUAUUUCCAGGAGAUUGGCGGUCGUGUGAAGCAUGUUACAAACAAGGAUACGAAACAACAGGUUAGCGUAGCCCGUCUAACGCUGCCAUUGAACUUCCCCAAGCAGAGGCAAUUUGCCCCAAAACGCCGAUAGGAAUGGCGUUCAAUGGAGGCGUCUGCCGAUGUGAAGAAGAAUGUUUAAGAGGAAGAGUGCGAGGAGACAGUGUGAGCGGGUGGUUAUUGUGAUGAUUGAAAGAAAUUGCAUGCUGAAUCUUUCGGCAAAGGAGUUUUGCGGAUGGACCGGGGAUGUCAAUGUACCUUGGGCUUCAGUAAUUCAGUGCCUACCAAGAUAACGUAGCUCGAAUGAAUUAUUCAUACACGUUAUAUAUACUUCUUUAAUCGAGACACUUGUGGUUGUU